GAGAAUGAUGUCAGACUGAACGCGAAAUCACUUCCUGAACUGUGAGAGAGAGAAAGAGAGAAAGAGAGAGAGAGACUCAGACAGAGGCAAAUGGGGAGAGCGCUGGCGUUGUAGGUAGGGAGAGAGUAGUGGAGGUGAGGAGGGUCUGGCUGAAUACGGACCCCGCUGGAAACUUCACAUCCACAGAAAUACGCCGCUACAGAGCGUCGCGCUCUUAUAUGGAGGAGAAGCUCGCUGGAUGACCCUCUCACUGGCUCUGUCGACGGUGUGAACGCGGGCCGCCAUGUCCCAGAUGCUCCACAUGGAGAUCCCUAACUUUGGCAGCAUGGUGCUGGGCUCCCUGAACGAGCAGCGGCUGCAGGGCCAGUACUGCGAUGUCUCCAUCCUGGUGAAGGGCCAGGCGUUCAAGGCCCACCGCGCUGUGCUGGCCGCCAGCAGCCUGUACUUCCGCGACCUGUUCAGUGGCAGCAGCAAAGCACAGUUCGAGUUGCCGUCCUCCGUCACGCCGGCCUGUUUCCAGCAGAUCCUCAGCUUCUGCUACACGGGGAAGCUGACCAUGGCCGCCAGCGAGCAGCUGGUUGUGAUGUACACAGCCGGAUACCUGCAAAUCCAGCACAUCGUGGAGCGCGGCAUGGACCUGAUGUUCAAAGCCAACUCGCCGCACUGCGACUCGGCCACAGCAGCCAUGGACGAGCCCAACUCGGGCCCGCAGAGUCCCAGCACCCACCCGCUGGUGCCAGCCGGCUGGUCACCCUCGCUGCCAUCGCAGGCCCGCAGGAUCAAGCUGGAGGAGCCGCUGGCCAAACGAGCUAGCGACGGGACACGUUUGGCACGGGCCGCACUCCUGUUCUCGGUGGGGGCGUUUCCGCCCGGGGCUCCGGCGUAUCUGGGAGAGCGUUCCAGUCCGGGAGCGUCCAGCCUCCCGACCACUGACAGCCCCACGUCUUACCAGAAUGAAGACGAGGAGUUUGAGGAAGAGCCGUUCGAUGCAGACGAGACUUACAGCCAGCUGUGCGGCCGCUCGGCCAACCCUUACGGAAUGGCAGAGAAGCCGGAGAUGGCAGUCAUGCCGGUGUCGCUGGAGAACCGCUCGUGUGUGCUGAUCCGCAGAGAUCUGGUGGCUCUGCCCGCUAGUCUCAUCAGUCAGAUCGGCUACCGAUGCCAUCCCAAACUCUACACCGAGGGAGACCCCGGAGAGAAACUGGAACUGGUGGCAGGCACAGGUGUGUUCAUGACCAGAGGUCAGCUGAUGAACUGUCAUCUGUGUGCUGGUGUCAAACACAAGGUGCUGCUGCGCAGGCUCCUCGCCACCUUCUUUGACAGGAACACGUUAGCAAACAGCUGUGGAACGGGGAUCCGAUCGUCAACCAGCGACCCCAGCAGAAAACCACUGGACAGUCGAGUCCUGAACGCUGUCAAACUUUACUGUCAGAACUUCGCGCCCAACUUUAAGGAAAGCGAGAUGAACGUCAUCGCCGCUGACAUGUGCACCAACGCGCGGCGCGUGCGGAAGCGCUGGCUUCCCAAGAUCCAGUCCAUGCUGCCGGACGGGAUGGAGGUUUAUCAGGGCUCGUCGGUGGCGGCAGGCGUCAGUCUGGGCAUCGGUGGCCUCCCGGUGGGCGUUCAGCUGCCCUUUGAGACAGACUUUAAGAACCUGCUUCCCUCAGGCCUGAGCCUCUACGCCGAGCGCAAGGAAGCCGCGAGAACUCAUUUACCACUGGAUGGCGACGGCCCCGAUCUCCCACGGGACGGAGGCGAGGAGGAGACGCAGGCCAAGGAUGAAGAGGCCCAGACUGACAGCGCAGAUGGGACGUUGGGGGCGGGGCCUGUCAAACCCAGAGCUGAGGGCGGGGCCACUGUGGCCAUACCUCCUGAGAGGCAGCAGGAGGAGGACUUUGUGGACGGCCUGAGAAUAAAUGGGCAGUGAGACUGGAGAAAACGGCCUUCAGUUCAUAUCUACUAUGUGAAUAAACGCUGAAGGGAGGAAUCAAACACACACAGGCAUCACUCGUGAAGAACACACAACCUUAUUCAUGUGCAUUUGACUUUCCUCAAACACUGGAUUUGGCAGGAUGUUCAUCAUGUGCUCCAGAGAGCAGAAGUCACGGGUCGUGGGAGGAAAUCAUGCCAGUGACACAGCGGCUGGCCUUCAUUGUGAAACAUUAUAUUACGUUUAGAAUUAUAUUACGUUUGUUCUUGAGAUCACUUUGCCAUAAGUGCAGCAGUGAAUCUCACUAAAACAUGACCAGAUCACUUUACACCCCAAAAUCAAGAGGAAAAACAAUAAAGAUGAAGCUUUUACAAGAACCAUUAACAUUCAUAUCAGUAGCUAUGUUUACAUGCAUCCAAAAAAUCAGUUUAUAAUAAUAAUUGAUAGCUAAAUUGGAUUGAUUGCUGUCAAUCCAAAAGUGAAAUAAUACAAUCAACAAGAUAAAUGUAAGUAUGAAACACUUGAGGAGACUAUUUUCUUAAUUAGAUUCAGUAAUAGCAUGCAUAACAUGCAACGUUUACGUGUUUUACUUUAUAUGACUUACAUCUUAAGGACUGGUCAGUGGAUGAGACUGAAUAUUCACUAAACAUUUGCUAACAAUGAAAAAAUAAAAAAGUUCUUCUGACACAAAUAGCACAUGUCAUCAUGUGAAUGGCGUUUAGGGAACAGAAUCUGAAACCAGAUUGGAUUCGUUUGGGUGAUGAAAAUUAGUGCAUGUAAAUUUGUGCCAUUAUUUGUGUGACAGUUAAGCCCCAUUAAAAUAU